CGAGGUGGUUGGCGAUGUGGGCGCCUGUCUUUCCCAGCCUCCGCAGCCCAGCCUCCGCAGGUCCAACGAAGACAGGACCAAUAGAGGACGCCGGCAUGGCAGUAGUGCUGCUAUAUCUAGGGUCGACAUGGCCGCCAGCUAUUGGAGAAACGUACUUAGUUUGGACGGGAAAGGCUUGAUCGGAUAAAUGCCGUGGUGUGUCUGUCUGUUUGGUGUUUGGUGUUGGGUGAUUGCGGUGGCACACAGAAAGAGAGAUGAAUCUCAAUGGACUCUCUCGAUGAGUCGAUGGACAGCCCAACCUCCAGACAGUGCCAAGAUUACGGCCCGAACCAUCCAAGGCCACCCACCCACUCCUGUCAAGAUCGAUUCAACUUGGACACUCCGCACUGUCAAGACUACGGUGAAGUUGUGGGUGGGUGGAGGAUCUCACUACAAGACUCUGAGUCGAACAAUCGUGUUCUAUUCGCAUUUUGUUUCAUCUGAAUCGUAUCUUGGUCAAAACGACUAGUUCCAUGCAGGCGAGUUGCACAUUACACCAAGCUUGUUUGUCACGCCGCCCCGCGG